CUCUUCUCACAACGCCUAGCUUUCCUGGAGAAGAUCCUCCUCGACGAAAACGGCCAGAUCCGUGCGCGCUAUGCCGCUGACGAGCCCACGACGACCACCACCACUGCCAUGGCUGCUGCAUCUCAUCCCACUGAACACCACCAGCCCCAGCACCAGCCGCAGCACCAGCCCCAGCCACACCCGCAGCCGCCCGUCCAUGCUGCUCUUGAACACCACUAUGUCGACAUGGCGAGAGAGAGCGCCACCGCCUCCACCACCACGACUACCAUACGCGCCGAGAGCAGCGUGACCCCCAAUCCCCUCAAGCGGCGGCACGGCACGCCCAUGCCCGACAGCUGGAUUUUCCCCUUUGACGACGUCGACAUCGCCCACCACCUGCCCUCGCAGCCGCUGCUGGAGAAGCUCGUCGACUUCUUCUGCAUCUCCUUUCACCACUGGAUUCCCUACAUCCACAAGAAGCGCAUCCAGACGCGGGUGCAGCAAGGCUCGCAAGAGCCCGGACUGGUCCUCGUUCUCCAUGCUCUGAUCGCCGUGGCGUUGCGCCAUAUGGAGCCCAGCGUGCUCUUCCUCGACGACGACCAGAUUCGCCAGCAGAUCCGCGUCUCGCGCAUGAUUGUCGAGACACACGCCCUGCGAAACGUCACCAUGGAGAGUCUGCAGGCGCUCAUUUUUCUCGUCUUUGAUCUCUUGAACGACGGCCACACGCAGAGAGCUUGGCCGCUGAUUGGUUCGCUCACGAGAACCAUUGACUACCUUCAGCUUACUACCGAGCCGUCCCCUUGGCAGUUCGGAUCACUCAUGGCCCCUGUGCGCCUAGUGAAGCCUACGGCUGACUGGACGGAGCUGGAAGAGCGCCGAAGGCUGUUCUGGGUCAUCUUUCUGCUUGAUCGCUUUUGUUCAGCGUCGACUGGUUGGAACACAAGCUUGACUGCAGAGGAUGUCCACUGCCGUCUCCCGGCAGACGGAGGCUAUUUUACCCGUGAAGAGCCUGUCACCACACCCUACUUUGGUAUCUGGAACAAAGCAGCCGCUCGUAUUGGGCGCUCACUGGCAAACGUUCCCGCUCAAUAUAAUGAGGAUGACCCCGUGGCCGACUUACCUCCAGGUGCCAGUCCAAACUCUGCCAAUGGCUACAUUGAUUCAUCCAAGCUUGGCGCUUUCGCCUAUUGCGUCGAAGCAACCGAGAGCCUAAGUCAGGUGACGACCUUCUUCCUCCAGCAACGCAUCAACUGGCAGGAUAAAGAACACGCAGUUAGCUGGCUGACCCGGUUUAAAGAACUGGACCUACGGCUUGUCCAAUGGAAAAUGUUCCUACCACCCAAGUGGAAAGACUCAAACAUAUCUGCUGACAGGACAGUGGUGGAUAUGGAUCCCAACCUAACCCUCGCACACAUCACUCACAACACAUCAAUGAUACUACUCCAUCACCCGAUUGGACACCCACCUAAAGGAUGGAACGACUUUGUCGCGCUCCCGAAAGAAUGCAGUGCCCAGACAUGCGAGCUUGCUGCCGUUGAAACCUCCAACAUUGUCAACAAGUUCCUGGCCCACACACCUAUACCGUUUGUCAAUGUUCAAUUCUCAUUUUGCGCCUUUGUCGCCGCCAAAGCCCUGCUCUUCGAACACCAAGCCACCCGCCGGCCGCUACGGCCCGAGUUCCAACGCCUAGUCCACGACCUCUGGGACAUGGCCAUACGGUGGAGGAAAAGAAAUGAUGAUGAGACACGGCCCACCAACCAAGCUGGCCUGUAUGCCGACCUCCUCGAGUAUCUCCACGAUGCCUGUCAAAACGACCCCAACUUCCGGUUCGAUUUCUACGACCACAACGGCUUAGCGCUGUACCCUGAACAAUUCUCAAGUCCCACAUAUGCACCUACAUCGCAAAUACGCAGCGGAAGCUUUGUCCCAGAGCGACCAUCUCUCAAAGCGGAUGCACGCCAAAACAGCUUCAACAGUUCUCAGCCUACGCUCAGUCCACGAAACAUCCCACCGCCCCCGCCACCCAUCCCUUCUCCAACCAGCUACAUGCACCACCACAGCCACCUUUCCACUCUACCAGCAGGCUCGUCAACCGCACCCUCAAACCUAUACAAAUCUUCAUCACAACUCUCAUCCCCCAGCUACCCCAAUCACGGUGCCGGCGCACCACCACUCUACCAAAUCAGUGCCCCAACCACCGCUCCGUCUUCCGCCCAACAACCACCCCUUGCGCCGCCGUCUUACGACAGCAACGCUCUCGGUACGCCGGGCGCCCAACACCAGCAUCAGCAGAGCAUCCAGGAUCAAUCGCUGUUGAAUCUCUCCGACGCGUUUAUGGAUUCGCAUUUCCUCGACAUGGACCGCGUCAUUACUUUUGAAGAGGCCAAUUUCCUGCUCCCUGGUGAUACAUUUCGAUGGCAGUAGCUGUAGCCACAGUGUUAGGGGAGAGAAGUGGGAAUUUGGAAGAAGAAUAAGAAGACUACGAGGCAACAGGAGGAAGAGCAGGAAGAAGAAUAAGACUACGCUAUCGCUACGUCCUUACAGGAACAACGUUUCUCUAUUGUCGGUAUGCGGUUCGCCAAACAACACGCUUAAUCACGAGCAAUGAGAUAUGCGUCCGCCAUGGAAAUUUGGGACUGGAACUGCAACAACAAACACAUGUGGCUACAUCAUCCCACAUACCCACAUAAAUUACGUUCCGCUAUUGAACAGCCACCAUCGCCACCACCGAAGCCAUAGUGGCAAACAAACAACAAUACUCGUCUGAAGGACACAUCAGCAACAGUAACAGCAGUAGCACCAAAUUUCUAUCAGGACGCGUACAUGCCGGAUUCACGGGAACAG